CGGGUCCACCCGUGCCCACCGCCUCCAGCGCCCGCGGCCGGCCCCGAGCGAAGGCGAGCCGCCAGAGCCGAGGGGAAGGCGAGGCCGCGGCAGGGUUAACCUCCACUUGAGCUAAUCAUGGGAGAGAUCAAAGUCUCUCCUGAUUAUAACUGGUUCAGAAGUACAGUUCCCCUUAAGAAGAUUAUCGUAGAUGAUGAUGACAGUAAGAUCUGGUCGCUCUAUGAUGCGGGCCCCAGAAGUAUCAGGUGUCCUCUCAUAUUUCUUCCCCCCGUCAGUGGAACUGCAGAUGUAUUCUUCCAGCAGAUCUUGGCUCUGACUGGAUGGGGUUUCCGGGUCAUAGCUUUGCAGUAUCCAGUUUAUUGGGACCACCUUGAAUUCUGUGACGGAUUCAGAAAACUUUUAGACCACUUACAGUUGGAUAAAGUCCAUCUGUUUGGGGCUUCUUUGGGAGGCUUUUUGGCUCAGAAAUUUGCUGAGUACACUCACAAAUCUCCCAGAGUGCACUCCCUCAUCCUCUGCAAUGCCUUCAGUGACACCUCCAUCUUCAACCAAACGUGGACUGCAAACAGCUUUUGGUUAAUGCCAUCAUUUAUGCUCAAAAAAAUAGUUCUUGGAAACUUUUCCUCUGGCCCUGUGGACCCUAUGAUGGCUGAUGCCAUUGAUUUCAUGGUGGACAGGCUGGAAAGUUUGGGUCAGAGUGAACUGGCUUCAAGACUAACCCUGAACUGUCAGAAUUCUUAUGUGGAGCCUCAUAAAAUUCGGGACAUCCCUGUAACAAUUAUGGAUGUGUUUGACCAGAGUGCACUUUCAACGGAAGCCAAGGAAGAAAUGUACAAACUGUACCCUAAUGCCCGGAGAGCUCACCUCAAGACAGGAGGCAACUUCCCCUACCUGUGCAGAAGUGCAGAGGUCAACCUUUAUGUGCAGAUACAUUUGCUGCAAUUCCACGGAACCAAAUAUGCCGCCAUCGACCCGUCAAUGGUCAGUGCGGAGGAGCUGGAGGUGCAGAAAGGCAGCCUCAGCAUCAGCCAGGAGCAGCAGUGCACCAGGCUCAGCAGCUCCCACUGUCUUGGAAGUAGGACUGAUUGUCGCGUUCACCGCAGGCAGCAGCUCUUCCGAGCCAGCGUGACUGCCCCCUGCGCUUCUUUUGUAGCUUCUGAACCUAAAGAACUUCUGACAACUCCCAUUUUAAGAAUCGUGAGAUUUUUGCUACUGUGGGUCUUUACCACUGUCCUUCAGUGUAUAUUGAUUUCUGAGGCUUGGGAUUUUGUGGUAUGUUUUCUCCUUUCUUUCCCUUUCCUGUCUUUCCAGCUCUUUAUGUCACUCACGGUAAAUGCUGCGCAUCCAGAUUGUGUGUCGGAAAGAUGCAGGUCAUUUUUAGCUUUCUUGGGCAGAACCAGAGCAGCAGUAAGCGAGGCUAGCACCCUGUUGCUCCCUCUGCUGCAAAUCAACUGAUUUUCAUUUUCAACUGAGCACAUUGUUUUGAGUGUUAGCUGUCGUCUUUCUAGACAUUAAGUCAUUUGGAAUAAAAGUUCAACUUCAAUGA